UUUAUUGUUUCUGGUUACCAAAGCAGAUGCUGGUAGCUUGAAGAGUUUGGGAAGUUCAGAAGGGACAACGUGUGGCAAUUCUCCAACUGAAGCCAAGGUGGUAGAUGAUGGAUGCACCUCAAAUUGCAAAGAACAAAAUCAAAAUGAGAAGCAGAAUCUUGCUCCGGUUCCAAAAACUUUUUCUGUCUUUGAGAUGCUUGACCAUAAGGAGGUUAAUGUGGUCGAGGGAUUGAAACAUUUUGAAUCGUUACUUGAUGACUCGGAAGUUCCCAAACUUGUUUCUUUGGUUAAUAAUUUGAGGGCCGCAGGAAAAACAGGACAAAAUCAAGGUCAGACUUAUGUGGCCUUAAAGAGGCCUAUGAAGGGACAUGGAAGAGAGAUGAUUCAGUUAGGCCUUCCAAUUGCAGAUGCACCUCCAGAAGAGGAUAAUGCAGUAGGAACCUCCAAAGAUCGGGGAACAGAAUCCAUCCCUUCCUUGCUGCAAGAUGUUAUUGAACGCUUAGUAGGCAUGCAGAUUAUGACUGUGAAGCCAGACUCUUGCAUCAUUGAUUUUUAUAAUGAGGGUGAUCACUCACAGCCUCACAUUUUCCCACAUUGGUUUGGAAGGCUUGUUUGCGUCCUGUUCUUGACAGACUGUGACAUGACCUUUGGAAAAAGUAUUUCGAUAGGACAACCUGGGGAGUUUAGAGGCUCUCUCAAGCUUUCUCUUACACCUGGGUAAUCAAUUUUAACCCUGAACUCUUUUCUUCUUGUUGCUUUAUUUUUACUGGUUAAGAGGUUGCUACUUUAAGGGUAUGUUUGGAUGGAUGGAUAGAAGAUGAAAGGUGAAGGGAAGGCUUGAGUUUUGAGGGAAGGGGCACCAUUCAAUAGCCUUCUUUUCAAUUCCUUCA